AUGACCGUCGAUCGAGGCCGGAAGGGCGGCGGGACGCUGGGCGGAAUGCUGCUGACGAUAUUCGGGCUGCUGCUCGUAGUAUUUCCGGCGGGCUCGGUGAAGCGGGGGGACUUCAAGACGUGUGAGCAGGCAGGCUUCUGCAAGCGGCUACGGGGACGAAGCGACCGAGCACGCUCGCCGGAGUACGCGGCGGGAUGGAAGUCGCCCUACGUGCUGGAGGCGCUGCCGGAGUGGGCCGAGGAGACGAACACCCUGCAUGUCCGGCUGGCCAACGAGCUCGUCCCCGGGAUCGCCUUCGGCCUCAACCUCACCGUGCUUGCCGAGAGCGAGGGCUCCCUGCGCAUCAAGCUCGACGAGCUCGCCGGCCUCCGUCAGCGCUACAACGAGGCCGACAAGUGGACCCUGCUCGGCCAGCCGAAGCUGCUCACCUCCAAGCACAUCAGCAUCGACAUCGGCCAGCACCAAACCCUGCUCACCUGGCCGGGAAACAUCGCGCGCGAGUACCAGUGCCGGCUCCACUACCGGCCCUUCAAGAUCGACCUGCUCAGGGAUGGCCAGCCUCACAUCAUCCUCAACCAGCGCGGCCUGUUCACCAUGGAACACUUCCGGGCCAAGCCGCAGACCAACGACGAAGGCCUGCUCAUCCAGGAACCCGCCGAUCCUGCAGUGCUUUCCACCCCCGAUGAUCUCUAUCCUGGCUUCAAGGAUACCUCCGAGGAGGGCAUGUGGGAAGAGAGUUUCGGCGGACGCACCGACACCAAACCGAAAGGACCUGAAUCUCUGGCACUUGACAUCACCUUCCCCGGAUAUUCGCACGUCUAUGGCAUCCCGGAACAUGCCUCGCCACUGUCACUGAAGACGACCCGGGGCUCUCCGGAGGGCACGAGCCCGGCGGCCUACACGGACCCGUACCGGCUGUGGAACCUGGACGUGUUCGAGUACGAGGCGGACUCGGAGAUGGCGCUGUAUGGGGCGAUCCCGCUGAUGAAGGCCCAUCGGGCGGGCUCGACGGUGGGCGUGUUCUGGCUGAAUGCGGCGGAGACCUGGGUGGAUGUCGAGAAGGCUGAGACGAGUCCGGAGGUGGUUGAGGCCUGGAAGGGACGGACAGAGGCCAGUGCAGCAGGCGCCGACGCGGACGAGGGGCCCACAGGGACGAGCACACAGACUUACUGGAUGAGCGAGUCCGGCAUCCUCGACCUCUUCGUCUUCCUCGGCCCCAGCUCGGCCGAGAUCUUUGCCUCCUUCGCCGCCCUCGUCGGCACCACCCUCCUCCCGCCCUACUUCUCCAUCGCCUACCACCAGUGUCGAUGGAACUACGUCAGCCAGGACGACCUCCUCAGCGUCCUCCACAACUUCGACACCUUCGAUAUCCCCCUCGACGUCAUCUGGCUCGACAUCGAAUACGCCGAAGAGCACAAGUACUUCAUCUGGGAUAAGAGACACUUCCCCGAGCCACUCAAGAUGAUCAAUCAGCUCGAGGCCACCGGCCGUAAGCUGGUGACUAUCGUCGAUCCGCACAUCAAGCGCACCCAAGAUCUGUACGUGUACAAGGAGGCAGUCGAGCUCAACGUGCUGUCCAAGUUGCCCGACGGAUCCGAGUACGAAGGGUGGUGCUGGACGGGCUCGUCGAGCUGGGUGGACUACUUCGACCCUCGCAGCUGGGAUUGGUGGGCCGGACUAUUCAAGUUUGACAAGUACAAGGAGAGCACAAUCAAUGUGCACAAUUGGCUAGAUAUGAAUGAGCCAUCGGUGUUUAACGCCCCGGAAAUCACCAUGCCCCGAGACAACAUCCACCACGGAGGAUGGGAGCACCGAGACCUGCACAACCUGAACGGAAUGGCCAGCCACAACCAAUCUGCCCGAGGGUUGCGCGAGCGGACCGAUCCCCCAAUGAGAGGCUUCGUGCUCUCCCGAUCCUUUUUCGCCGGAAGCCAACGAUACGGGGCGAUCUGGCAAGGCGACAACAUGGGCACCUGGCCCCAUCUGGCGGUCUCGAUCCCGAUGCUGUUGAGCAACAGUAUUGCCGGCAUGGCGUUCAAUGGAGCCGAUGUCGGUGGAUUUUUCGGCAAUCCUUCUCCCGAGCUCUUGGUCCGAUGGUACCAAGCCGGCGCCUUCUUCCCGUUCUUCAGGGCCCAUGCACAUAUCGACACCAAGCGGCGAGAGCCGUACCUUUUUGACGAGCCGGUCAGGGGACAGAUCGUCGACAUGAUCAAGCUAAGAUACAGCCUGCUGCCCAGCUGGUAUACCUUAUUCUUCGAAAACACCCUCACUGGUGCCCCGAUGACAACUCCUCAAUACGUCAUGUUUCCCAAGGACGAGGCUGGGUUCGCUGUGGAUGAUCAGUUUUACUUGGGCUCGACUGGGUUGCUAGUCAAGCCGAUUACUCAAGAAGGCCUUACCUCGACUGAUGUUUAUAUUGCUGAUGAUCAACCGUAUUACAACUAUUUCACUUCGGACAUGUUCCUCGUCGAUCAAGGCAAACACGCUUCUCGGACGUUCACAUUCCCAGCCCCGCUAGGAACGGUGCCGUUGUUCCAGCGUGGAGGCUACAUCGUCACGCGCAGAGACCUGAUCAGACGUGCCGCGCCAUUAAUGUGGAAGGAUCCCAUCACACUGGUCGUUGCGCUUGAUAAGGAGGGACACGCUACUGGGACUCUGUACCUAGACGAUGGCGAAUCGUUCAACCAUGAACGCGGCCAAUUCCUGUACAAGAGGUUCUCGAUCAAGAAGGAGAACUCGGGCAGUUUCACCCUUUCCUCUUCAGACGCAGUCGCCCAAACCCUCAAGUCAACUCACGAAGCUUUGCGUUCUACCUUGGCCCAAUACCAACCUGAUAAUGACUGGAUCAAGAAGAUCAGCUCGGUGGACAUCGACAAAGUGAUUAUCCUGGGAUUGCCCGCCCGCCCAACGUGUGUGAAAGUGAGUGGCAGGAAGGAUGGAUUGCCCUACGAAUAUAGCACCGGGUUGGCGUCUACGGUCACGUCGGCCAAGAUGACUGGGCUGGGCAAACGGGCGAGUGUCUUGGAGAUCAAGAACGCAGCGGCCAAGGUAGUCGACGACUGGUCGAUUGAAGUAGGCUUCAAAGAAACAUGCCCAGUCGAUCAAUCAGCCCUCCAACCGGACCCGUUCGUGAGUCUCCAAUCCGAGCACUGCGCGCCGGGAUACUUCCAAUGCAAGAACGCCGGACACAUCCCCUCGUGCAUCCGAAUCUCGCGAGUCAAUGACGGGAUCUGCGAGCCCGAGUGUUGCGACGGCUCGGACGAGGCGGCGAAUGCCCAUGCAGACUGUCCCAACCGCUGCGAGGCUAUCGGGGCCGCCCACAGGAAGAAGCGCGAGAAACAGAUCCGCAAGUUCAAGGCUGGCAACAGCGAGCGGAAGAACUACAGUCUCUUCGGCCUCAAGGAGAAGGCCCGCUUGGAAGACUCGAUCGGCAGCCUUACCACCCAGAUCGCCGCUCUGGAAGCUAAGGAACGCGAGGCCAAGGCCGAGCUGGACCGCGUCGAGAAAAUCUCCCAGGCGCAAAUCGCGAAGUUGAGGGAGACCAACUUGUUUCGAAAGAUCUCCGGCUUCCAGAACUCCAUCAAACAGUUAAGGUCUCAUAACGAUCAGCUACAGAAAGAUUUAGACCAAUUGAACAACAUCCUGAAGGACCUCAAGGCCGGCUAUAAUCCGAACUACCAAGACAUGGUGGUCAAAGGCGCAGUGAAAGGAUUCGAGGAAUGGGAGGCGGAGAAAGCGAGUGGCGAGUCGACGGAAGCCGAGUCGAGCGACAAAGUAUCGAUCCCGAUGAAUGAAGAGCUGGACGGGAUGGUCAACGAGGACCCGGUGGACAUGAUGACGGCGGAGCAGGGCAUGCUCGGCGGAGGAUAUUCCGGGGCGGAGGCGACGAGUAUGGGCUUCGAUCUGACGGCCUACCUGCCCGCGCCGAUCAAGAAGAUGUAUCUCACCGCAUGCGAAAAGGUCGGCGCCGGGCUGCACACCCUCGGCGUCUUCCCAGGCCGUCCGUCCACCCCGACCGGCUCCGCCGGCACUCCCGCCGACCGCCCCGACGUCGCCAAGGCUAAGGCCCGCUUCAAUGAGGCCCAAAGCGCACGCGAAAACGCACAGACGCAGCUCGAUAAUUCGCGGGCUAAGCUGGCGCUCGAGUGGGGCCCCGACUGGGAAUUCAAGAAGCUCGACCAGACUUGUCUCGAGCUCAACCAUGCCGAAUACAUCUACGAAGUGUGUCUAUUUGGAGAGGCGUACCAAAAGACGAGCGGGGGAGGCCGGACGUCACUAGGACGCUUCUCGCAUUGGAAUACGGAGGCUGAAAAGGGCUCGCGCGAGUAUUACUCCAAGCAGGUCUAUACCAACGGGGCUAAGUGUUGGAACGGGCCUGAGCGAAGUCUACACUUGGAGAUCGGAUGCGGGACGAAGAACGAGCUGCAUUCGGUGAUCGAGCCCGAGAAGUGCGAGUACUUGGUCCGGAUGAGCUCGCCUGCGAUGUGUGUCGACGGGCUCGAUGCGCCCGAGAACGGCGCGCACCUCGACCGUUGGCUCGUGCUUAGGGACGAGCUCUAA